GACUCGUUAGUGUUCUCGUAGCUCGUAUCUCGUAGCUUGAAAUUAAUGUUAAAUAGUAUUUAUGUGACACUAGUUAGCGGCGCAUUUGUCUGUAAAAAAAAAACAACUUUAACAUGUAUAUUUUUUCGAUAAAUUUAGUCACUACUUAGCUUGCAGUUAGUAGCUUGCUAGAUAAGUUAUGGCAUGGAUUAAGGCACUAUCUUCGAUUACGUCGGCUGUUAAGGGUCAAAAGCUGGACCUUAACACUUUCAAUUUACAGUUUAUAAAUAUUAAAGGUGUGAUAAUUACUUAUUAUCAUUACAGCAUAGCUAAAUCAAGUGUUGUUUGAAGAAUUUUGCACAGCAAUAUGGAUGCAAGCAAUGAAACAUACCUAAAGCAACUCAAUUUUCCUGUAGUAACAGAAAUAUAUUAAAAAAAAAAAAAAAACAGGCAAACGUUAGGGUUAGUAGCAAGUGAAAACAAGGUUAUAUGUGCACAUUGCUUCAUGAAAAGUGCAAGACCCCAAUUACCAUGCAGGCAGAAGGGAGGUGCUGGGAAAAAGGUGGAGACUGAAGCAGAGCAGAGAAGGAUGCAUGCAGGAGCUGACUUUGCUCCUGCAGGACCACUUGCAGCCUCAUGUCACCUUUAUUUUAACAUUAUCAGACAUUGUGGUAUAUGUUUUUGGAUUAGGAGGAUAUUGACAAAUUCCCAUUAGAUGGAGCUUCAACUGCCUGUUGAUGCUGUCCGGACCUGAUAUGGCGUUUAAAAAGUGACACCCGGUGAAGACGUCGCCUGUGUAAAAAUGGCAAAAUAAAAGGAGUGCUACAGGAGCUAUGGAUGACUUAUCGUGUUGUUUCACGUGACAUUAACUCAGUCAUCUUAUGAUUUAAAGAUGUUUAAACGAUGGCUGCUGGCCCUGCUUGCCCGGGUUGGCCUGGCAGUGCUGGGCUUCUGCUGCUGUGUGGCUUUGCUCUACCUCCUGGCCUGUAGGCCUGCAUCCAGAGACGUCCAGGAGCACCCCCUGUGGUCCUCAGGCACCACCAGCAAGGAGGGGUACAUGGCGCUGCUGCAGGAGAGGGAGGACUCCCAUAAGCAUUACAUCGACAGCCUGACCAAGCAGAUAGCGCAGCUCAAGGAGGCUCUCCAGGAGAGGACGCUGCAGCUGCAGGAGUCUCUGGAGAAAGCCAAAACCAAUGGGAUUCUGCCUCUUGGCCUGGAGAGCCUGCACAAAACACCAACACAGUCCGACCUGAAGGAUUUCUUCCGCUCGCAGUUGAAGCAGGCCGAGGUCAACGCAGGCAUGGCGCUACCCAGCGAGUACGCCGUGGUUCCUUUUGACACUUUCACCCUGCGCAGGGUGUACCAGCUGGAGACAGGCCUGACCAGACACCCUGAGGAGAGACCCGUGAGGAAGGACCGCAGGGACGAGCUGACAGGAGCAGUGGAGACGGCUCUGCAUGUCCUCAAUGGACCUCAGCAGCAUGUGGACAACAGCAGGAGGAAGCACACCUUCUCCCCAUCAGACUUCAUAGAGGGGCUGACUCGCUCCGAGCGCGACAGGGGUACUGUUUACGAGCUGACGUUCAAAGGCGACAGCCCGCGGGACUUCACCAGCAUGGUCCUCUUCAGGCCUUUCGGCCCUGUGGUGAAGGUCAAGAGCGAGAGUGUGGACACGCGGAACAUGCUCAUCAACAUCAUUGUACCGCUUUCCAAGAGGGCCGACGCAUUCCGACAGUUCAUCCGCAACUUCAGGGAAGUGUGCAUCCAUCAGGGCGGCAAGGUCCAUCUGACGGUGGUCUACUUUGGGCGGGAUCAGAUUGACCAGGUGAAAGCCGCACUGGAUCAGACCACCAGGGAGACACGCUUCAGGAGCUUCACGCUGAUCCAGCUGAAUGAGGAAUUCUCGCGUGGGCGGGGCUUAGAGGUGGGUGCCAGGGCUUGGAGGCGGAGCCAGAACGUGCUGCUCUUUUUUUGCGACGUCGACAUCCACUUCACAGCAGACUUCUUGACUUCCUGUCGUCUUAAUGCAGAGCCUGGUAAAAAGGUGUACUACCCAGUCCUCUUCAGCCAGUACAAUCCGUCUAUCAUCUACAGUAAUUACACUCAUCUGCCAUCCUUUCAACAACAACUGGUGAUAAGGAAGGAAACAGGUUUCUGGAGAGAUUUUGGUUUUGGGAUGACGUGCCAGUACAGGUCGGAUUUCCUCAACAUUGAGCUGGCUUCAUUGCUGCUGAAGGUUUUCAACAUAAUUUAUGAUGAAAUGAUUGCAGGAUAUUGGUGCUUACAGCAACAGACAAAUGAAGGGAAGUACAAAUCAAGAGGAAGUGUGUCCAACACUAUUCUGUUUAAUAGUGUCCUGCCAGUUUGUCCAUCAAGUCAUUCAAUUCGUCACCCCCGCCUUCCUUUUUUUGCAGGUGGUUUUGACCGUAGCAUUAAAGGCUGGGGUCUGGAGGACGUGCACCUGUACCGGAAGUACCUUCACAGCAAGCUGAUGGUGAUCCGCUCGCCGUCGCGUGGUCUUUUCCACCUGUGGCACGAGAAGACGUGUGGCGACGACCUGCCUCCGGACAAGUACCAGAUGUGCAUGCGGACCAAGGCCAUGAGCGAGGCCUCGCACGGCCAGCUGGGGGAGCUCAUCUUCAGACGGGAGAUUGAAGCUCACCUAAAGAAGAACAGAAGUUCAUGAAUCAUGCCAUGUAGAUGAAUGGGCAUUGGAAUAAAUCAUUU